ACGUUUGGAACCUAGGCUUUUGACGUACACGUUGUGGUCGUUGUAUUGUCUUUGCCCAAAAAUAAAAGUACUUGAAGAUUACGCUUUUCAUUAUAAUGUUCAUCGUGUUUUAUUUAUUCUUUCUUCUUGAAACAUACCACUCAGCAAUCAACAUUGAGAUAAGUGAGAUAUGCGUGAAAUUAUCCUGUUUUUUUUUUUCAUUAAAAGAUAGGUAGGUAUGUAUAUGUUAAUAAAGAAUCAAGUAUUUUUGAACCAGUGCGCCAACUUUGGCCACUUAUAGUUAAACAAGUUGUAGAGUUUGUCAAGAUAAAAGUUUUAGACCUGUAUAAUUGCAGCAAUUAGUUCAGUUUAUUCAGAAAAAUAUAGUAGGUUCAAAAAUCAAUUCAGGAUUACAGUUGCAAUUUCAGCAAACCUAAAAAUCAGUUAAAUGAACACUCAUAAGUACCUGCAAGUCGUUGCGCAGAAACCAUACUCCGCCCCUAAGACGACCCACUGACCGGAUGGCACUGGGUGACGGACAGAGGAGCCCCAGCGAGGAAUUUCUUUGUGAACAGCUGUUGAGUUUGAUGAGAUUGACAGAUCAAUCUGGAUUGAUUUUAUAGAUACUCAGAAACUUCGAAUUUUGUGCUGCCCAUACCCAACAGUAUCUACAAUAGAAAUAUUAAUAAGUGCCGUUUUUAUUUUUCGCUUUGUCGCUGCAGUUUCACUCACAUCUCGAUCACCUAAUAAACCCUCCCCUUAAAUUCAUGAUGCCCAAUGCUUACACAAUAAACCAAGUUUAUUCUUUCUCGGGGUUCAGUCUACAUCGACGGGCAAUGUAAAAUAAAUAUUGUGUAGCUUUAAAUAGUAUGGAAGGACGGUAGGUACCUAUUUAAUAAAGCUCUCGAUACAUCAACCCAGUUAUCGUAGGUAGGUUUUCAUUCCCAACGAAGUUCCCAAAAAUGCACACUAUUGCGUAUUCGUUUGAAAUACUUGGUAAAAAUAAAAUGUUGUCGGAAUAUCAUAGAAAGACAUUCACGUUUACUAACUAAACUGUGAGCAGCAGUAUGAAGCGUGCUAUAUGUGUGUGCCGACGCACGUCUGGAGCUGACGAGGCAGCUAUUUCGGGAUACGACUGCUUCGUCGAACAUACGCGUGAGUACACCGACUCGACAGUCCUUUGUCUGAUUAAAAUCAUAUUGGUCGUUACCUAUUUAAAAACACGCAUCCUCGCGCUGUUUUUGCGCGGAUGAAAGUGCGAUCUGUUUAUAAAAGUAUUCCAAAAUGGGAAAUAUUGCCAGUAGUGCCCCAACAAGGGAAGAAGAAACUGGUAACGUCACAAGUGAAAGUGAAAUAAUGAACAACACAAAUAUUUCUAUUGUACAAAAAGGAAAUAUGAGUGUUGAACUUGAUGGUACCAAGGACGAAAAUGAAGCACGAGCCAAGGCAAAAGAAGAAGAAAUGAACGAGUUCAGAAAGCAGCUGGAUAUAAAACGCGAACAAAGAAGACAGAUAUUGGCUCGACACAGAAAUGAGAAAGAGGAAUUAGAAAAGGCGUUGCAAAAUGAAAAGGCGGAAAAGUUGGAAUUGUAUGAAAGUAAUAAGUUACUUUGUGAAUUGUUAUCGAGGAAUAACAUUGAAAUUCCUGAUAAUCUCUUGCAUUUAAAGGGAAAUAGUGAACUCUCAGACGCUUUAGCAAAAAUGAAUGAUGAAUUUGAUGAAUUAAAAGCCAACAAUUUGAAACUAAGAAAGGAUCUCUCUGAAACUAAUCGAGCUUUGCAGGAAGCCUACUCGGAUAUUGCAGAUUUGAAUGUUCAAAACACAGAAUCCAUUAAACAAAUCCGUGCUCUAAAGGAAGUGGUAUCAGUCAGCAAGACAAUGAUCAGUCUGCGAGAACAACAAUUAAAUGAUCUAAAAGAUAAGUUAAACGAAAUAGAACGUACUCUAGCUGAUAGAGAGACAAAUCUGCUGUCUGCUGAUCUGAGACAAGAAUACGAGAGACAAUUACAAAACAUCCGCACAUUACGAGGACUUUAUGAAGAGCGAGCUCGACUUGCUGAAGUCUCUAGACAACGGCUGGUGCGAGAGCUGGAUGAACACAAAGUACUAUAUCAGACGGAAAACAAAAAGUGCAAAGAUCUCAAUACUAAAGUCGAGGAACUUGAAACAAAAAUAGAUUCAUUGAUAGAAACCAUUGAUAACAAAAAUUCACAAAUAUCUUCGUGCCAAAUCGAAACAAACGUAUUGAAGGCCGAAAUGGCAGUCGUUAACAAGCUUUUCUCUCAAGUGUUGCUGGGAGACAAAACCAAACAAGAUUUAGAUACAUUGGUUCAAAGGCUUGAGGAAAAUCAUGGACUACUUACACAGAUGGCGGAAAAAGAAAAUGGAUCAGAGGUCUCCUCUGCUUUACCCAAACUUUUGUUGGAACUUGUCAGUCAGGUUGAUGAUAAUGAAGAAAAAUAUAACGAUGAAACUACCCAGGAUGGAGAACAAUCAUCUAAAGAGACAAGAGAGACAACAGAACAAGAAUCAGAACCUCACAAAUCUUCAAGCACCACCGCCGAAGAAAUAGUGGAAAACCUGCCCAAAGUUUGGAAAGUACUUAUAGAACUUCUCAGUCAUCAAAAUUCUCCUGAUGAGAACUCUCCAGAAAAAGUUACCACUUGUUAUAAGUCUGUUGAGACAAAAUCAGGACCUGUGUUAGUGCCAAGCGUUAGUCAGACGUACAUCAGAUUGAAGGAUCUAAUCUUAGAAAAAUUGGGUCUCAUAAAAGAGGUUAAUCGAAUGAAACAAUUAAAUGGGCACUUAGAAACACGUUUAGAAGAACAAGAACGGCGACUAUGUCUUGUCACAAAUGAAUUAAGCAAAACCUGGCAUGUUGUUGGUCGUUUGAGAAGACAUCAUCAUCAAUUGCAUACUCACGAAAAGAUACUUAAAUACGAAUUGCAACAAAAGAGAAAGCUACUAAACGAGCUUAAAGAAGAGCUUGAAUACUGUCGUGAAAAGUGGGAACAAGCCCGCGAAAAGAACACACAGUCGGAAAGAGACUGGAAAACACUUAGGGCUGAAUUUUCCAGUAGAAAAGCCAAGUCAUUUUCACCGUCAUUUAAUAAUUCCGGAGAAAGCGGAUACAGUGACGAAAGACCGUCAGAUGAAUCAUCUGAAUCGAAUGACGAAAGUGAAUAUGUAGCUGAGACUCAUAUGAGAUGCAAGAGGAAACAAAAGAAAUCAUUCGAAACUAUUUUGGACUCCAGCACUGAUUUCAAUAAUGCUGAGCGAGAAGACCCUGCUAGUGACAUGUUGGAUGUCGCUGAUUUACCAUUAGACACUCAAGAAAAUGAAGAAAAUCAUGACCUUAUAUCGGAACCCAGUCGUAGUGAACCGUUUCCGAAAAACGGAGUAAUUUGUGAAGAAACAGAAGAUGAAGCUGGAGAUAUUACACAUGAUGACUCUUGCCCUGAAGAAACGAAUAUAGAAGAAGAUACCUGUAACAUUCAGCCAAUUAUCCCUGACGAUAGCAAUGAUAAACGGAGCAAAUUACGUGCAGCACCAUCUACUACAGAAGAAUCUUCAUCAAGUAGGCCACUUAUUGAUCCUGCUGAAAUUUUGAGAAGUGUCCGACUUCAAAACGAAAGAUUAGCUAAAAAGGAUAAGAAAAUGAAUAAUCUUGAAGCAAACAGUGCCGCGUUGCUAAAAAAGGUGCAAACUACCGCGAAGAUUAGUGAACAAAUAAAUAACACUUUAGACCAUCUUAUUAAUCGGCCCACCACAAGUGUUUCUACAGAAAAUUAUGAUGAAUCUGAAAAUGUCGUAACUAACAAUGAACUUAAAAAUGAUGUAGGUAACGAGAACGCGAUUACUUCAGACGAAGUGUCUAAGGACCCAAAACAUACUGAAAAAUCUGAAGAUUUUACCGUUAUGGAAGAAGAAACCAAUGCUAUAACUACAUCGGAAGAAACUCAUCAACAGAAUGAAUGUGCCGAUUUUAUUAAAACCACUGAUGAAAAUAAAGAAUUGUCAUCCAAUGAUAUUGUAAAGGAUGGGCCAAGUUGUGAUAUACAAGAAACAAGUACAACCACCGAUUUUAAAACUAUACUAGAAAAUGUUAGACUACAAAAUGAAAGACUUGCAAAAAAAGACGAAAGACUGCAUAACUUAGAAAGUAGUUGUUCUGAAGUAGUAAAAACGAUUACCAACACUCUAAAUACAGGAGACAAAAUGAUCGAGAGACUUGACACUCUACAUAGCGAUCAGAAUCCUAGUAGCAGUCGUGCAGACACUGCUGACGAACCAAAAGAUGAUAAUUCCAGUUCUGACAAAGAAGAUUCUGUGGCAUCGACAUCUAAUGAAAUUGAUCACGAAGCCCGAUUUGCUGCGCGUGAUUUAAGGUUGAAAAGAUUAGAGGAACAAACCAAGUCACUCGUGAAUAAAGUGAACAAAACUAAUUCUAAAGGCGUGAAAAUACAUUACAAAUUGGAAGAAUUGCAUAACAUUUAUGGGUCAGAAAGUUCUCGGGCAGGUACACCUUCCGAAGACAAUGAAGAUAAGAGCAAUGGUAAUGAAUCCCCCGAGGAAUAAACAAUAAUUUUAAGUUCGUAUUAUCACACAGCUAAUUGUCUAAAUGUAUUUUUGCAUGCACCUAUAAAUUUUGAUGUUAUUGGAAUUAAAAUUGUAAAUGUGUUAAUGUAAGUAAUUGUAAAAUAAUUAACAAAACACAAAUCGAUUAUAAAUGUAUAUUUAAAACUAA